CCUGGGCCGGGGCGGCGGGGGUGGCGGCCGCGCGACCGAGCAUCCUGGUGCCGCCUGGCCACCCGCGAGGCUGCCGUCCACACUGGUGUGAAGGAGCUACUCGCCAUGGAAGCCCGGGAGAGCGCGGCGUCCACCUAUCAGUUCAUGUCCGAGGCCAACCAGCCCAGGGAGGAAGAUGAUAGCGCGGCGCCUCAAGGGACCACAGAAACUCUGCAGCUGAAGAAGGAGAUCUCCCUGCUGAACGGGGUCAGCCUGGUGGUGGGCAACAUGAUCGGCUCAGGAAUUUUUGUCUCGCCCAAGGGCGUUCUGGUACACACGGCUUCCUACGGGCUGUCGCUGGUCAUAUGGGCCAUUGGCGGACUUUUCUCUGUUGUGGGUGCCCUUUGCUAUGCAGAACUGGGGACCACCAUCACCAAGUCGGGGGCCAGCUAUGCUUAUAUUCUAGAGGCUUUUGGGGGCUUCAUUGCCUUCAUCCGCCUGUGGGCCUCCCUGCUAAUCGUUGAGCCCACCAGUCAGGCCAUCAUCGCUAUCACCUUUGCCAAUUACAUCAUCCAGCCCUCCUUUCCUACCUGUGAUCCCCCUUACCUGGCCUGCCGUCUCCUCGCUGCUGCUUGCAUAUGUCUGCUGACAUUUGUGAACUGUGCCUAUGUCAAGUGGGGCACACGGGUACAGGAUACGUUCACGUACGCGAAGGUCCUGGCGCUCAUUGCCAUCAUUGUCAUGGGCCUUGUUAAACUGUGCCAGGGACGCUCUGAGCACUUUCAGGACGCCUUUGAGGGUUCCUCCUGGGACAUGGGAAACCUCUCUCUCGCCCUCUACUCUGCCCUCUUCUCUUACUCAGGUUGGGACACCCUUAAUUUUGUAACAGAAGAAAUCAAAAACCCAGAAAGGAACCUGCCCCUGGCCAUUGGGAUUUCGAUGCCGAUUGUGACGCUCAUCUACCUCCUGACCAACGUGGCCUAUUACACCGUGCUGGGCAUGUCGGACGUCCUCAGCAGCGACGCCGUGGCUGUGACGUUUGCUGACCAGACAUUUGGCAUGUUCAGCUGGACCAUCCCCAUCGCUGUGGCCCUGUCCUGCUUUGGGGGCCUCAAUGCGUCGAUCCUUGCUUCAUCAAGGUUGUUCUUCGUGGGCUCCCGUGAGGGCCACCUCCCAGACCUUCUGUCCAUGAUCCACAUUGAGCGUUUUACACCCAUCCCUGCUUUACUGUUCAACUGCACCAUGUCGCUCAUCUACCUCAUCGUGGAGGAUGUUUUCCUGCUCAUCAACUACUUCAGCUUCAGCUACUGGUUCUUUGUGGGCCUGUCUGUGGCUGGACAGCUCUACCUUCGCUGGAAGGAGCCCGAGCGGCCCCGGCCUCUCAAGCUGAGCCUGUUUUUUCCCAUCGUGUUCUGCAUAUGCUCCUUGUUCCUGGUGAUUGUGCCCCUCUUUGGAGACACCAUCAAUUCCCUCAUUGGCAUUGGGAUCUCCCUCUCCGGAAUCCCCGUCUACUUCCUGGGUGUUUACCUGCCAGAAUCCCGGAGGCCGCUCUUUGUCCGGAAUAUCCUGGCUGCUAUCACCAAAGUCACCCAGAAGAUUUGCUUUUGCGUCCUGACUGAGCUAGAUGUAGCCGAAGAGACAAAGGUUGAGAGGAAAACUGACUAGAGGCCGGAGGUGAAGUCCCCUGAGGCCUGGAAGGUUUUACCUGUGGCCACAGUCACCAAAGGCCAGAUGGCGAGGCUGUGUGGACCCAGCCCUCUGGUACUAAAGGAGCCUGUGGGCACACAUUAUGUAUGUCAGGGGGUUGAGGGCUGAUGGCUUCCUCAGGUGCUCACUCUCAUUGGUAAGCUAUGGGAGACCGAGUCUGGGGCCAGCAUGAAGGUGGGGGCGGGAGGGCUUGGGAUGGUUGUUGAGUUUUGUUCCUGCUGGGUGGUGUGUGUAGCCCUUACAGGCACUGGGUGAGUUGCACUAGGGAAGAGGGAGUGCUAGCUAGGUUAGCUGUGGCUGGUGGUUUUAAACUUGGUACUCGAGGUUGGAACCAGGAGUCUCUACAAAGAGGCUGCUUUUAUGACAAGUUUUCCUCUGACCAGGUCCAGGCACCUGACUUCAGAGGCUUGAAAUGCUACCAUUUCUUCUUCGGGUUCAACAUCCUUCCCUGGGGGAAAUGGUUGUAUUCCAUUAUUUAUUUAUAUUAUUUAAUCCAGAACACCAAUUCUAGGUGAAUCCUGGUAUUCAUCUACAGGAUGCAGUAGGCUGUUUAUAAAUGCAAAGUACCCAAAGAUGAGUCCCUCUGUCCUCAGAGGUGUCUCUACGUGGCGGUGGGUCAGACUCUGACCGCAGGUUUUUUUUUUUUUUUGUUUUUUUUUUGCUUCGUUUUAGCACAAUCUUCUGUUGAAUCUUACCUGCAAAGGUGAACUUUAAAGAUUUUUUACUCACGUACCGAUUACACUUUAGUAUACGUUACAAGCACCUGGGGUUGUAGCUGACACAUGAACAAAUUCAUGCGUCAGAAGUCUGGCACUACUGUUGUUUUGAAGGAGAAUCCUUUAUUUCACUUGAGAGCUUGUCUGUGUUCUAGAUGCUAAAGUACACCGCUGGGUUUCUGGUACGAACUUUAAGAGGACAGAAACUUCUCGUUCAGGUACAUCACCUGAAUUCUCUCAGCUGUCAAUGUCUCAUGGACUUGAGCCACCAAAUAGCUUGUUCCACUCGCUACGGGUCGGUGUGAGGGGCUGCUGUGCAGACCCACGCAAGCCCUCCUAGGUGCUAGACGUGGUCGUUUUCUUUUUCUGGAAACCUCACACCAGGCUGCAUCCGCUUGUCCCCAACACCAGGCUUUGUUUACACUGAGCCGCCUUGGUGUGGAUCACUGGGACAGUGCACUCCUCUCCCGCCUGCCUCCUGGGGCGAGGUCUGGUGGGGCUUCAGUCUCAGGAAGACCUUGGUACUCCUGGGGACUUUUUUCCCAUGGAGAUCAGUGAAGACUCUGGGAAAAAAGCUGCUUUAACCUCAGUCUGGCUCCUCAGCAGACUGCACGAUUGGACAUAACGAAUUCUGGUGCUCAGGCUGCUCUUUAACACCAGGUCAGGCAGAGCAGGUUUGGCCUACUGGAUGCUCCCUCAUGGGCGGCUUGGCUGCACUGGAUUGUACAACUCUCCUAGGAUGACCUCAGACCAAAUCACCCUGGGCCCAGAGAACCUGCUGGCUUGGCACACCCGUGGGCUUCUUAUCCUUACAGUUUGGAACUGACCAAUGGUAAAGACAAGAAGCAGGAGGCAAUCUCCCUGUUUUUCUCCACCAAACUGGCUCAUCUCAGGCAAGGGCGUAACCUUGGUCAUACCUGCUCGAUACAAACAAUUUAAGGGAGCAUGCUCACAGUUGCUUUUGGUUCAGGGCAAGCAUCUGGGAGAACAUAGGGGGCCACUCCUACUAUCAUGGUUGGGAUUUGCACUGCAAAUUCCUGUCUACAACAGGGAGCCCAUACAAAGGGUGACUUGCCUAGACUAUGUACACACGACUCUUGUCUGAGCCAAGCUGGCACCUGCUCCAGGGAUCCUUUAGAGCUAAUCCUUGAAGUAGAAUGCGCUUGUUUUGAGGACCCUUGAGGCAGGCUUUGGCUUCCUCCACUCAAGCAAAUGACCAGCUCACCCCAGGAGCUUGCUGUUUCCCGUUGGCUCCUGGGAAAACAAGGGCCUCCAUACCCCAGGUGCCCUAACACUGGCUUAGUGAGCCAUGUCAUCCUCCUCCCAUUAGUGGAUGGCGACCGCAUUCUUCCCCUCUGUGCUGCGUACAGACUUCCUAGAAACCCUCCUGUAGGAGGGAAGCCAGACUUCCUCCACUCAAGCUUUGUGGGGGAAUUAAUUUCCAUGAGGGUUUUGUUCCUCAGCCUCAUUUCUUCUCCUGGUAUGCUAAUCCCUUUUGCACUGGGUACAGUUUGUGAAGUUGUUAAGCCCUUUAAUGUUGGCAAACUUUAAUGAGCACAUAAAUAGCAAUGAACACAU